UAUAUACAAAAUACAAAAUAUAACCAAAAAAAAAAAAAAAGAAAAAAAAAAGAAAGAAAAUCUCCGCCACCAUUUCCAACUUCUUCGCCUUCACUCACUCCCCCUUCCUUUGAAUCCUCCGCCACCACUGCUCACGCCCCUAUCCAACUGAGUGGGAGGUUUCACACAUUCAAACCACCGCCAGUGCCACCAUGUCACGGCCAUGACACGCUCCCGAGACACCUCUCCUUCAAGAACCAGUGGCGGCGGCGGCAGAGGCAGAGGUGGCGGCAGGGGAGAAGGGUCGACGACGGCGAUGAGGGUGAUAGUGCCCUUACAAGGCGUAGUACAAGGCCGCGGUGGGUUGGUGUUAGGCUCCGCUAUACCCUGCGUUCUCUUCUACUUCUUGCAGCUCUACCUCAGGAGAAACCGGGGGGGCGGCCCAAACAGCAAUAGCAAUAGCAGUAGUAGCACCCCGCCGGAGACUUCGUCGUCGUCGAUCCAAUCGCCGGAGGUGAAUUCCGGGCACGUGUUGCAGAGGGUUCAGUCUCGUUUAUUGCUUUCUCCAAGAGCCAGUGGAGGGCAAGCUCAGGUGUCCUCCAGGGCUAAUUCCGUCAUUUCCAGACACACCGAUAAUAGCCCCUCUUAUGUUGGGCUGCAAAGAGCUUCUGAUGACCCUUAUGAUGAAUCUUCUAACCCCAAUGGCGUAAUUCAACUGGGAUUGGCUGAAAAUAGAUUGUCUCUGGAUUUGGUUCAAGAAUGGCUGGCUGAGAAUGUGAAAGAAUCAAUUAUGGGGCCAGAUAUGAAUAUAACAGGAAUUGCUACCUAUCAGCCCUUUGAUGGGUUGAGAGAGUUGAAAGUGGCUGUGACAGGAUUCAUGUCUCAAGUCAUGGAGGAGUCGGUAUCCUUCAGUCCAUCGCAGAUAGUUCUCACGGCUGGUGCUACCCCCGCAAUUGAGAUUCUUAGCUUCUGCCUGGCUGAUCAUGGAAAUGCGUUUCUUGUUCCUUCGCCAUAUUAUCCCGAUCUUGACUGGGAUGUGAAAUGGCGAACUGGAGUUGAAAUUAUACCCGUUCCUUGUCGCAGUGCAGACAACUUCGGUUUAAGUGUAACUGCUCUAGAAAGAGCGUUUAAUCAGGCCAAAAAGCGAGGUCUGAAAGUUCGUGGGCUUAUAAUCUCCAAUCCUUCGAAUCCCGUAGGCAAUCUGUUCAGUCGGGAGACACUUUAUAGCCUUUUGGAUUUCGCAGCGGAGAAGAAUAUUCAUAUUAUUUCCAAUGAAAUAUUAGCAGGAUCAACUCACGGGAGCGAAGAGUUUGUCAGCAUGGCAGAAAUGAUUGAAUCGGAUGAUUUGCAUAGGAACAGGAUUCACAUUGUCUAUGGUCUGUCAAAGGAUCUCUCUCUCCCGGGAUUUAGGGUAGGAGUCAUCUAUACUUUCAACGAAAGUGUUCUGGCUGCUGCUAGAAAACUGACCCGAUUUUCAUCCGUUUCGGUUCCUUCCCAACGAAUUCUUGUCUCAAUGCUAUCAGAUACGAGAUUCAUUAGCGUGUUCAUUAAGAACCAUCGAGAAAGGCUCAGAAGGAUGUAUUCUGAAUUUGUCUCGGGGCUAAAGAAGUUAGGUAUCGAGUGCAUGCAGAGUAAUGGCGGCCUCUACUGCUGGGCUGACAUGAGUGGUUUAAUUCGCUCGUAUGGGGAAAAAGGCGAAAUUGAACUCUGGGACAAGUUGCUAAAUAUAGCCAAGAUAAACGUCACUCCCGGCUCUUCCUGUCACUGUGUUGAACCCGGGUGGUUCCGGUUGUGUUUUACAACAAUAAGCGAAAGGGAUAUUCCGGUUGUCAUGGAAAGAAUCCAAAAAGUGUCUGAAAUUUUUAAGUCUCGCACUUGAAAAGUUUAUAUUGAUUCAUUAUAUUGGAAGAUAAUAAAUUUGUGCAGAUACUUUGGUGUGGAAAGUCCAAAUCGAGGAUUCCAAUCGAGGAUUAUCAACUGAUGCUGAAGCAAAAGAAUUCGGUUUCUUCCCACUUUGAUGACUCUUUGUGAAUCCUGCCAUUUUGCAAUUUCUGGAUUUUACCUUCACCUGGGUUUUUGAAUACUGUAGGUAGUCAAUUAGUUUGUGCAAAGGCAAAUAUGUAAAGGAGAUCAUAUAAUCCAGUUCCCAUGUUCUUCUGCAGACUCAUUGUGAGCUCAUUCUUUUGUUUUUUACUUCUAUAAGCUCAAGGAAAUUAUUUCUCUUA